UUUUAAGGUCUUUGAAUAUGAAUGUUAACUUAUAAUUAGAACCAGGGAAAAGAACUAAUGUUUAUUGAAUAUUGUGUUCUUCACUGAUUCCAUCUGAUUUAUUUAGUGUCCAUGAUGUAUUAAUAUAAUCAUAUGUUUUAAAGCUUUUAUAUCCUUGUGACUAAGUGUCUUACUACUUUAGCAAAGGUCAUCCAGAGAGUUUGAUUAAUUCUAUGAAUCCCAUAGGUAACAAGUUGCCAGCUCUUGACUGAACUGUCAGCCUGUGCACUCUCUUGUUCCUGUGACUACAUUGAGAUGAUCUCAUGUAGAAAGCCAGUUUUCCUUAUGUGUCAACUCUGGAUUAGAGUUUUCCUGAGAAACCUAUCUAUAACUCCAUAGUUUUUCUUUUGAAAGUUGUUCUUAGAUACUACAUUGCUAUCAAGAUUGGAGGGGGAAACCUCUCUUUAUUGUGUCUGUAGUGCCAUAGGUUUGAAAUGAGCAAGAUGACAGAAGGCUUGGAAUUACAUUAUUGGAAUGGUAGUCCAUGUGCACAUAUACCAUGUUAUGUUGAUACAACUGAGCAUCUAUUUAAGAGACGUUAUGAACUUAUACUCAGUUUUGUUUUCUCUUCAAACUACUGGACUGCCUGGGUACAGGAGAGUUUUUUUUCUCAUUUUAUCAAGUCUUUGUUUCCCCAUGACACUAAGCAUUUUGAAAUUUUUUACUGUACAUUGAUUUUUCCUCAUGUUUCUUGACCUAUAGUUUAGAAUUUUUGACUGCCAGGUACUGCUCCUUGUUUUAUUAGAAAAUCUCAGAUCUGAAAAAUUUGUAGUUUUUAAGGAAUUUUGAAAACUAAUAAAAAUAUCCUGAGCACAGAAAACUAGAUCCAACGUUAUACAUAAACAGUUGCUCUGAGGGAGAAGCCAAAACUAAAACACAGUAUUCUAUGGAGGUGGAAAUACAAAUGGCCCAAUUUAGAUUCCCAUGCAUUCCUUCACUAAAAGACCAGUCCUUACUGACCAGUAUUUGAUUGAGAAUUUCUGUAGGAAAAUAUGGGAAUGAGUCAAGUGUUCCAAGAAUGGCAUUAAAAGUAGCCUAAUGGUGGAUGAUUUGAAUGACUUUAACAGGGGAAGGGCAAUUUCGAAAGGAAAAUCAUGGAGGCCAAUAGGACUAAGAGUUUGGCCUCGUGAUUAGUUUUUUAAAGACAAUAAAGUUAUUUACAUAGACACAGGAUGGUGAAAAUCAUCUGGGAAUGGAUAGGGUUGAACGUAAUUUGGAAACUAUAUUACCUUUUGUGCUUAAUUGAUAGAAAUGACAAAUAGAUUCUUCUGUUGAAACUUACUUGAGCAACCUGAAGUCUUUAUAGAAAAUGGGAAUGUGGUAUCACAGAGGGUGGGCUAGAGAAUGUUCAGAACCAAGGGCUGAAAUGAAAAAUAUCUGUGAUCCACUGCCACUGCUUCUUUUCCUGUUACCUUUGCCAAAUUCCUGUCCUUUUCAGAUUGGAAUUGCAGAACAUAAUCAUAGAAUUUUGUAAUAUAUCUAGGCUUGGGAUGUGUGUUGCUGACCCUCCAUUUAGCUUAUUUGCCUGAACCAGGGAACUAGCUGUCUUUCAGGUUCUUUGAGCCUGUACUUUCAGGAAUCUGCACCUUCCUGGGAUGAAUAUUGAAAGGCCAGAGAGCAUCACUGAAGACUGCAAAAGAGGGAACGAGGAGUGGUAUCCUAUAUAAGGAAGACAUCUAGAGAACAUAGAGGGAAACAGAGGCAAAAGUCCCAGGGAUCUGCUUUUCCAGAAGUCUCUGCCAUCAACCGAGCACAUAUGAAGACAUCACUUUGAAUCUGAGUCACUGAUUUCCGUGUGUGCAACAAUGGAGGACACAGCUAAUUUGAAAACUCAGCAAGAUAUUCCUGAGAAUAGUCUGAAAAUUGGUGUGGAUGACUUACCAAUAGCUUCCAAACAAUAUGAAAACGUAGAAGAACAAGAAGAAGAACUAGAAUUAGAAACAAUACCGGAUUUAAAACUGGAAAAUGAAAAUGCUUAUAAUAAGAAUGAAGACUAUCAAAAGUUGAAAGCUGCCCAGUCAUCCAACAUAGGAAAUGGUCUAGAAGAAAAUGAAAUAAUUCAAGUUUGGGCUGAAAAAUGUCCACACCCAGAGCAGAGGGAUUAUUCUCAUCGAAUUUCCAAACCCAAGUCUGAAACACAGCAAUCUCAAGCAGUGUGGGCUGAAAAAUGUCCUCACUCAGAGCUGAGGGAUUAUUCACGUCCAGUCUCCAAACCUGAGUCUCUACCACACCAAUCUCAACCAGAUAUAAUAUUUUCAGAAGAACUAGAAGAAGAAAUAACAGAAUUUAAAGUGGAAAAUGAGAGAAGUUUUGAUAAGAGUGCAGAAAAUCAAGAAUUUAGUGUGUCUGACCCUAAUGGACCACAGGAAUCUUCUACAACAGGUCCCAACUCAUCCAAAAUGGACAAUGAUGCAGAAAAAAAUGUAAUAAUGCAUCAAGAGAGAACAUCUGUCAUGGAAGACCAAGAGCAUGCCUUAGAAGAGCAGAAGCAGCACAGUGCUAGAAAAACUAAGCGGCCAUUUAUUGAUGCUAUAAGAGCAUGCUUUUGUGCAUGUUUCACCAAAAAACGGAGCUCUUCUUCCCACUACAAGAAAUAGAAGAGAAAACUUAAAAAAGUGAUGAACUUGGACAAGCCUACGACAAUUGCCUGACAACUUCUCCGACCAUCCACAAUAAGACAACUCAGGAGAAAAUCUGUCUCUUCUCCAAUAAUUGCUUCAAGAAAAAGCACAUUUUUAUUUUAUGUUUUAGA